UGUACGAAUUAAGUCAUUUAUUUAUUUACAUAGCCAAAAAACGGACAGCCCUCUGAGGACAACCCAUUUAAAAGAUGACUGUGAUGAAAAACAAUAAUUAGUUCCUCAGUUAUUAUUUGAAGAGAUUUUACAGAGUGAAUGUUUGAUGGAACUAUAAAAGAUCUUGAAGGCGAAUUUUAACGGAGCAUUAUUAGGGCAGACGGUCAGUGAUCUUCUGUGUGCGGAUGCACUGCGCGCUUCGCUUUCUCAUGAGGCAUCCUCGGCUCUUCAACACACAGAUCCUGUAAAGAUGGAGUUUAGCGAGAGGAAAAGAAGAAGGAAAUCUCAGAGCUUCAAACUGGUCCAUGAGCAAGAGCAAGAUUUUGACGCAAGGAGUUUUGACAAUGCCGUCAAUAUACAUGUCAAUGGAGCAUCAAAAGAGACUGCCAUGCCAGAAGCCUGGUUGGGUGAUGAGGGUGUGGAGAUUAAGAGACAGAUCACAGGCAUGAUGCGUUUGCUGAGUGACAAGGCCGGCCGGAUGUACCAGCGUGUGGGAGCAGAGGGAAACAGCCUCAAACAGGAGCCCCAGGAGGAGCACCUGAGCUGGGCGCAGCCGGCUGCUUUGCCCCCAGACCUGGAGGACCCCCAGAUCAGUAUCUGGAGCUCAGCAGGGGAAACAGAGCCCAGUCCCAUGUCUAUACCCAAUCCAGUCCCCAACGGCCAGGGGUCUGGCCAAUACGGCACACGUUCCAAGACCCAGAGGAUGCUCAACACAACCACCAAAGGCACAGUCAAAACUAAUGAUGUGGCUCCUGCAGUGGUAGAGGCUCCCUGCUGUAUGUGUAACUGUAAGAGCACCUUACAGGCCAUUCUACAGGAGCUACGCACCAUGAGGAGGCUAAUGCAGACACAGAAAGGUUCCCAGGAGAAGCAGGAGCACAGGGCCCCUCCCUGCCCCCCUUGCCCUGUCCCUACAACUCCGCGUCGCAGACCCCGCAAGAGACGUCCUGUCCACAAAGUUGCUCCACUGAGCGCACCCAGCAAGAGGGCAGCUGUUCCCCCUCUCCCCCCCUCAUCCCCUGCCUGUGUACCCCUGGAGUCCGGGGGAAGGAGGGAGAGGGGGAGCAGAGAGCUGGAGAGACCUGUGCACACCCCUGCCUCACCCUCUACCUCCACCUCACCCGAGCUCUCCAUUCAAACCCUGUCCAUGCAGAACAAGCCCAUCCCUGGUGACGACACACACAAUCCUAACUAUAGACAACCCAAAGGUCUUCAAUCCUCAGAGGUAUGGUGCACUGUGUGUGUGUGCGUGUGGGGGUGGGUAGUGUACUAUCAGUCUGUCUGUCUCUGUUGUGGGACGAAUAUGCCUCUCGUUCUCUCUCUCUCUCUCUCUCUCUCUCUCUCUCUCCCCCAGAGUGAGGUGCGUCUAGCGGAGGACUAUGAGGUGUUUAUUCCCAAGGCCCAGCUGGACUCAAUCCUGGUCAACUACACACGCUCUGGAAGCCUGCUCUUCAGGAAGUUGGUGUGCGCCUUCUUUGACGACACCACACUAGCUAACUCACUGCCCAACGGCAAGAGGAAGAGAGGUCUGAAUGACCAAAGGAAAGGACUUGACCAGAACAUUGUGGGAGCCAUUAAAGUGUUUACAGAGAAGUACUGCACAGCUCACAGAAUAGAGAAGCUGCCAGGCCCUCGAGAUUGGGUCCAGAUACUACAGGACCAGAUCAAACUUGCCCGCAGACGACUAAAGAGAGCAGAGGCUACAGACCCUCAGGACAUCUUCAACAGACCGUGCACAGAAUCUCUUCAGCUGUCUGGAGAGAGGGAGGAGAGGGAGUUUCUAACUACAGGCUGUGACUACAACAAGCCAGCAUGUUUGGUUAAGGUGGGGAAGAAUGUGACUGAUUGAUUCCGGUGCUGUGAAUCAACAACUUGCAAUGAAGAUACAACGCACUGUACUUUAUGUCUUUGUUGCUCCACUAACUUGAUGCGUUGUGCCACUUUAGAAAGUCCAUUUUGGAAGAUGUAUUGUUCUUUUACAGCUAUGUCAAAAUUGUAUUGUGGUUGUAGAGAAAAAAAAUGGAACAGUGACCAAAAUAAGUUGGUUAGUGAAAUGUAGUUAGUUUCCAUGGACUGCUUUGUUUUACAUAUGCACACCACAUGCACACACACAGACACACACAGAAAUACACACACACACACACCAGUUUGACCAGUAUAGUCUAGCUGGUUCUGCUGGCUGACCAGCAAAGUCUAGCUAGUUAGGCUGGAAGACCAGCAUGGUCUAGCUGGUCUGACCAGCAUGGGCUAGCUGGUUAUGCUGGCAGACCAGCCUUCGUUGUGUUUUCACUGGUGACCUACCUGCAUUGUGUUUUUGCUGGUGACCAGCCUUCGCUGUGUUUUCGCUGGCAGACCAGCAUCUGUUGUGUUUUCGCUGGUGACAAGCCUUCGUUGUGUUUUCGCUGGUGACAAGCCUUCGUUGUGUUUUUCGCUGGUGACCAGCCUUUGCUAGGUUUUGGACACUGGUGAUCAUUGAAAAACAUGCUAGCAGAUACACAGAGACAUAAAAACGGUAUCCACAAGUUCAUCUGACUCUGGGGAAGUAGAUAAAGGGGCUCAUUGCCAAAAUUUUCACGUAUCCCUUUUCACGUAUCUUGUUCGAAACAAGAUUCAUGUUAGAAAUGAGAGGAUUGUCCAGAGUCGAGGUCAUGUGGGAAACACUCCCAGCAACAAGCAAAUGUGCCUCCCCACCAUAGACCAGGGUUCAAAUCCGACUCCACCCUUAAUGCUAUGUGUCUGUCUAAGUAAUGCAAAAAAUACUAAAUGUAGAGUGGAAUUCCACUCUCCAUAAAAUUAAUGAGUUUUUUUUUUGUGCAGGACUUAAAUGAACACUCAGUGUAAAAUAACCCCUUGGUGUUAAUAACCAGAGUUGAGCGUGAUUGUAUAAUUUCUAGUCUGUAGUAAAACAUUGACACUCAAAACCACACCUAUCAUAUUUCCCAGCAUGCUUUAUUGCAGGUAUAUUUUUUUGAAUUUACUCUGGCCUUGGCAUGUGCGCUCUAGCCAAACGCUUGCAGAUACAGUGCAGGUAGGCUACAUGAUGAGAUUAUUAUGAAUAAGAGCGAGAAUAUAUUUUUGGGUCAAAUGGCAGUCAAGCAUCAAUCAUCAUGUCACCUGAAUAAUACCCUCAAUAUUUAUUGUAAAGGUACAUCAAUAUCACUGUUCACUUUCACCACCCUGUGAAGUUCAUCAUAACCUUUUUGAUCUGUAGCCUAAUAAACUGCAUGGUUUCCUGAGUCAUAUUGGGAGGACUACACACCAUAUCAUCUCAUGACUCCAAGUUUACUUCGAAAUGAUGGUUAUCAUAUCAAUAUUUGCGCAUAAAGGCGAUUCCAACACAACUUCUUGCAUAGUUAAUUUUACCAACACAAAAUGAUUCCACCAUGUUGAACGAACAAAUGAUCUGUCAGCAUUUAUGAAAUUGUACUGAAACUACCUGUUUUCAUCACAGCUGACGUGAUUAUUUUUUUAAAUAUGGUAUGACUUUACCCACAUUAAAACUGGAUGGAAAUGUGGUAACUGACAGUCACUCAAUUAGCCCAUGUCAACCAACAUUUUUUAGACUGCUAAAUUAGUCUAGCCAGCUAUCUAAACUUAGUAAUCAUGGUUGAAUUACAUGAUUUUGUUUAUCACUCUCCCUCAGAUAUCAUAUUAAAAACUGCAAACAUUUCUCUCCACCCUAUGGAAAAAUGUGAAGAUUUGCAGGAAAUUAGCUGUUAAAUUGUAAAAUAUUUUAUAUGCCCAAUGGAAAAAUAUGUAGAGUGGCAAAAAAUUAUUUCAGGAAAUUAAUUUCUGUUUUUUUUUCUCCUGUCCAGCGGGGACACUAAAAUGUUAGGGCCGGCUUUGACUGCAUAUGUGGGUAUGGAUGUGGUUACGCAGACCCGCAAGCCACUGUGGGCCCCUCAUGAUGAGUUCAGAUUUUUUUGUGGCCCCCAUCCCGACCCAAAGUUGCCCAUCCCUGGUUUAGGUAGUUUCCUUUGUCCAAUUCUCCCUACCUUGGCAGUCAUUCUAAAUGCAGGUUGAAAAUUCCAAUUGCUGGGUAUUACAUAUCACUUUGCAAGCCAGCAUAAUGUGACAUGCCUGUUGUGCCUGUUGUGGCCUGCAAACCAGGAGUUUCAGACCACUGUGUAAGGGUAAAACUAGGCUGUUGAGGUAUAGCCUUAUGAUACCGUAUGUAAUGUAUUGUCAUGAAGGGUAACAUUUUAAGGAUACUAUAUUCACUUAGGCACUCACUUGGUGAAAGCUACUGGUUUGAUGAGAAUUAAAUGCAAAACCAUGUUUCUGUCACUAGCUAACACAGUCACGGUGACUCACGGGUGGUAAUUCCAAUGUUCACUAACUGGCACUCUGGGAUAUAUACAGAUAUUUGCCCACAUUUGCAUAUAUCCCAGUGUGCUAAAUGCAUUAGCUCCAGUAAAUGUAAAUUGCACAAUUACAAUUCAAUUCAAGUUUUGACCAUUUUUAAAAUUCCAAUUCCAUUCAUUGGGAUGUUUUUAUUUUCCAAUUCAAUUUCAAUUCCAUUCCAAGGAUGGUUUUGUUCUUCAAUUCCAAUUCAAUUCAUAUUCAGACAGUUUAAAUCCAAUCUAAUUCCAUUCCAAGGUUCAUGUUCAAUUCCAAUUCCAAUUCAGACAAUCAAAAUUCUUAUUUAAAUCAAAUUAAGUUGUUUGAAGAUUGCUGCAAUUCCAAGUAAAUUCUGUACUUCCUGCUUGAAUUCGAGAAUUGAAUUUGAAAUACAAUUGGAAUUGACCCCAACCCUGCUGGUCACCAGCGAAAACAAAACGAAGGCUGGUCACUAGUCUGUGCUGGUCUAUGCUGUUUUUUUCAUCAGGGUUGUUGUCUCUUUAUGACUGUUUAUCUGAAAACAAAGGUGGAUAACUUCCUGGUAACUCUUUGUUUUGCACUUGUAAAGUCCCUCAGUCCUACAAAAUAAAAACAACAUCUCUUCCAGGUGACAUCUUUGAACUUAUGAACCUCAAAUGUACGGAUUGCGCCUUUUAAAAUAGUUAUGGUUUUGUAUACCAUGUAGACUGUAAUGUGUUGUCUUAAUGGCAUUCUAACCUGCCACUCACUAUGCACCUCAGUGCCAUUUAUGUUAUUAAUGUGACCAAUAGGACAGUACUGUUUUUAUUUGUGUUCACUGUGCCACCUGCCAACACCUUCAUGUAAGGCUCCUUUGUGUACAUGUACAGUUGACUGUGUAUAAUACAUAUUAAACUAAAUAUGAUCUGA